AUGUCGCAAAGAGGAUGCCUUCUGUUGCUGCUGCUCGGUCUGGCCGUGCUGAGGGAGUCAUCAUCGUCUACACCCAGCGAUACCAUUCGCGAAGGCGAAUCUUCUCGCCAGACGCCGCAUCACAGGCAGAAGAGGGUCUUCUGGUUCACGAAUGAUGGACGGAUCGCAUUGCCACCCGGCACCGUCAUGACGAUCACGCCGACGUUGGCGUUGCCAUUCGUCCGGCAUCCUCCUUACGGCUUUCUCAGCAACAUGACUAUCAGCCUGCCGUUCACGAUUGACUUCGACAAGCUGGGCCUGACUGAUAACGAGAACCCGUACGGCGCUCUACCGCCGAGCUUCGACAGGAAACUAAGGAGCCGGCAGGCCGGUAUGAUGAUGGCUGACUUCAUCGCGGCGUUCAUCAAGCGUAGAUUGCACAAGCGAGACGUAACGGAAGUGCCGAAAAACGCGUUUCAUGGCGGCGAGCGAGCCCUGCUUUAUGGCACUGCCGAGGAUAUGCUCUCUACUCUGGGAAUGAACGGAAAGGCAUGCCUGUUGAGGGCAAUCUGCGAAGUCCAGGGACACCAUUUGAACAACUUCGGGCUUAUCGGCGAGAUGCUGAAGCUAUUCUUCACCGCUAGCCGAUCGCCGUUUGCAAACCUCCUUAACGAAUACGUCGAGGCAGAAAAUCGAGGGAAGUUUCACGGCGACUGCUGGCCUUAUUUCAAAGAUUGCCCGAAAUCUUUAUUUCUGCCAUCCAACAACAAGUAUCAGAAAGAUUCGUUGCACGACGAGGAGGAUGAGGAAGACGAACAUUGGAAUCAAAUCUCCAACGAUCUCGACGAAGAGCCCCUCACGAGGAUAUCGGGGCAGAAUCUGAAGGACACCAUACAUCCCAUGUAG